AUCUUGGGUUUGUCUUCUUCUUUCUUGCCGUGAACUUGGUCGCCGGCAAUGGAGACCAACAAGCCACAGAAGAAAAAGAAAUGGUUUUUACCGUUGGUGCUUUCACUUCUUCUCUCCACCCUUCUAAUAUUCAUCACUGUUUUCACCUCUUCCAACGCCUCCUCCUCAAGGUUUUCCCGACCCCAUGUGAAAAAUCAUCUCCCCCAUUUCGUCGAAUCGAAGCUAAAGAUUUCGGAAACAUCCAAAGACCCAGUUCCUAGAUUGGCCUACUUGAUCUCUGGCUCCGCCGGCGACGGCAGCAGCUUGAAGCGGACGCUGAAGGCGCUGUACCAUCCGAGGAACCAGUACGCGGUGCAUUUGGACCUCGAGGCGUCGGCGGAGGAGCGGCUGGACUUGGCGAAGUUUGUGAAGGAGGAGCCGAUGUUUGUAAAGCUGGGGAAUGUCAGGGCGGUUCUGAGGGCCAAUUUGGUGACUUACAGAGGGCCGACGAUGGUUACCAAUACGCUGCACGCGGCGGCGAUUUUGUUAAAGGAGGGCGGCGACUGGGAUUGGUUUAUCAACUUGAGCGCUUCUGAUUACCCUUUGGUGACCCAAGAUGAUUUGCUUCAUGUCUUGUCAUCCAUUCCAAGAAAUCUUAAUUUCAUUGAGCACACCAGUGACAUUGGCUGGAAGGAGGACCAGAGGGCAAAACCCAUUAUAAUUGAUCCGGGGCUGUAUAGCCGGCAAAAAUCAGAUGUGUUCUCGAUUUCACAGAAAAGGAGCGUGCCGACUGCUUAUAAGCUGUUUACAGGCUCUGCUUGGAUGAUGCUCUCCCGUCCUUUUAUCGAAUAUAUUUUAUGGGGCUGGGACAAUCUGCCAAGGAUAGUCCUUAUGUAUUAUGCCAACUUCCUUUCUUCACCAGAAGGGUAUUUCCACACUGUCAUCUGCAAUGCUGAGGAGUUUCAGAACACUACUGUGAACCAUGAUCUCCACUUCAUAUCUUGGGACACCCCCCCAAAACAACAUCCACAUUUCCUCGUUGGUGAUGAUUUCCAGCGUAUGGUAGACAGUAAUGCGCCAUUUGCCAGGAAAUUUGGGAGGAACGAGUCAGUUCUUGACACGAUUGACUCAGAGCUUUUAGGCUGCAGUGCUGAUGGAUAUGCACCAGGUGGAUGGUUCAGUACUCAAGCAAAUGGAAGUGCGACAGUUCCAGAUUACAGUUCUAAAAACAUCACCACUCUCAGGCCGGGUCCAGGUGCUGAAAGACUAAAACGUCUCAUCACCGGUUUGAUAUCUGCAGAAGAUUUUCAUGCGAAACAAUGCACCUGACACCCGGAAUCCAGAUAAACGACCAUGUUAGUCCUAUAAGUUAUACCAAGUAAGUGAUGCCGACGAUUGAUCUUAGUUCAUAGUAAUAAUGGCUGACAAGGGCAUUUUAGCAGGCUAUAGGUACUUAGUGGGGAAGACAAGUCAAUACCUACAAGCAUAUAAAUAUGUAUAUUUUACCAAUUUACCAUAUCUGGUAAUGUUCAAUACAAUAUUCUUCUAGUUGAAAAGCUGAAGGUGUACUGUAAUGUAUUAUACAGUUUACAUAAUGAUAAGUUCUUGAGUCAUGCUUGAUUAA